UCUUGUUUCUAUAACCCUCAUAUAUUCCUCUAUCCCAAACUUUUCUCUAUUAUAAGUUCUGUUCUCGACACACAAUAGACAAUAGGUGCAGGAGUAGGCCAUUCGGCCCUUCGAGCCAGCACCGCCAUUCAAUGUGAUCAUGGCUGAUCAUCUACAAUCAGUACCCCGCUCCUGCCUUCUCCCCGUAUCCCCUGACUACGCUGUUUUUAAGAGCCCUAUCCAGCUCUCUCUUGAAAGUAUCCAGAGAACCGGCCUUCACUGCCCCCGGAUUUAGGUUGGAACCCUUCUUCAGACUGCAUUGUACACUAUUUUUUAACUGGCAUCACAGCGUGGGUUUGAUCCUGACCUUGUGUUUGUAGGUGGCGUUUGCACUUUCUCCCUGUGACCACAUGAGUUUCCUUACGGGUACCGUUUCCUCCCACAUCCCAAAGACAUGUGGAUCUGUAGCUUAAAUGGUUGCUGUAAAUUGCCCCUAGUGUGUAGAAAGUGACAUAACAAAGAACUGGUGGGAACGGGGAAUCGAUGCGCACUCAGUGGGCCGAAGGCCCAGUUUCCAUAGUAUGUCUCUAAACUCUUGAAUUAAAGGACCUUUCUUUGUCUAUCUAGGUUCCACAGCCGUAACCAGACCAUUGAGUGGUGGUGGUGUGAGGAAAGGAUGCCGGGUGUACCUGAAGCAGACAAUCUCACUGUGUCAGUGCCUGAAGGUUCGGCCUCCAGGUGGCUGCUCCAUGGUAUCUCCUGCACAGCGAGGUCCCUCCAUCAGAGCCCGGAGUGCCGAAACGCCAGGCGCAAGAAGAAACUCUGCCGGCGGUACCAACGGUUUUUGGAAAGGAAGGCAUUCCUGGAAAGAAGGGGGCUACUGAAACGACGUCGGGUGAGGGAGAAGAUCGGGCCGGAUGGCAGCUCCCCCCCGCAGAGCACUGAGCUCCCGAGUGGUGCCAACGUGAAUAGUAAUUGCUGUGCCUCGUCUGGUGCCUGGCAAACCAUGCCCAAAAGUGAGCAAACCAAACCCAGCAAGAGAGGACUCCUGGUACGCGGGGUGAUCCCGCUCGCUCGGGCGAGUCUCGGCGGGCCGCCGGGCAACGUGGCUGCCCGCAGUGCGAAGCUGGGGGGCUUCUGCUGCAGCGCCGCUAAGUGCGUGGCCAUCGACUGUGAGAUGGUGGGUACCGGCCCUCACGGGGGGCUGGGGGAACUAGCCAGGUGCAGCAUCGUCAGCUAUCAGGGCCACGUCAUCUACGAUAAGUACGUGAAGCCGGAAGGUGACAUCACCGACUACCGGACACGGUGGAGCGGCAUCCGCGAGCAACAUAUGGUCACUGCAACAGAGUUUAAUGUUGCACAGACGGAGAUCAUAAAGAUCCUUGAAGGUAAAGUUGUGGUCGGCCACGCGUUGCACAAUGACUUUAAAGUUCUGAAGUAUUCUCAUCCGAGAUCUCUCACGAGAGAUACGAGUAAGAUGCCAUUCCUGAAGAAGGUGGCAGGUUUUCCAUUAAGAGAGUCUGUGUCCCUGAAGAAUCUCGCAAAGCAGCUUCUGCGCCAAUCCAUACAGGUUGGCAGUGACGGCCACUGCUCGGUUGAGGACGCCUGCACCGCCAUGCAGCUGUACCGACUGGUGGAGGUUGAGUGGGAGCAGCGACUGCACAGUGAGUUAUCGACGGCACACGAUCAUACGACGGCUGACACAGCCACUGAAGUCAGUCACUACAUGGAUGACCAGUACUGGCCUGCUGAACUAAAUGACUGGGGAACGUUAUCCUCAGGAUGAAGACUCGCCAGCGGAGAUGAACAUUUAUGGUGCUGACGAACUAUAUCAAUUCAAAUUCAAAUUCACUUGCCUGUUGGAGUAGGAGAUUAGUUUUUCUCUCUGAUUCACCUGUUCUCAGUCCUUCCUCCUGCCCAGCAAAUUGGUGCUUAAUCCCUCUCGCCAGUAGAAUUUACCUGUAAGGAUGCAGGGGUUCAGGGUUAAUGUUGAGGGACUAUCUCGGUCUAAGUUGAACAGAGAGUCCCCCUCUACUACAACUUGCUAUACCACCACAACAUUUAGCCUGCCACUAAGGUGUCCAGAAUGAGUUACGAGGAAUGCUGUUUUGUACACUGGAUUCAUUGUGAGGCCUGGAUGAAAAUUCCCCCCCAAUGCAAUCACAAUGCAGCGGACCCUGAGCUUGGGUGGAAAAUUAUGCCAGAGUCGUUUUUUAAUGUGGCGGGUAAACGUUGCUGGUGUUGUUCUGUGUUAGUGGCUGAGGCAAAUAGACAGUAUACAGGGGAGCCAGAUUUAUACUUUUGUACUUCCUCUUGCAAUGUUUAUCUUCAACAUUUCUGCACCCAACCCCCACCUGUGGUACUGGUCCACUGAUGCCAAAUGUCCCCAUUCCCAAAUGCUGGCUGUGACCCUGGAGAGCAUCGGGCUGUGCAGCCCAGGGUUUGCUCCUCUGUGUCCUCAUUCCAGCUCGCUGUCUGGUUCUGAGACAUUGAGUUUGAUGUUUAAACUAGCAUCACCCUCGACGGCUUAAAAGCAAAGAUGCAAACUUGCAAUGAGUUAUAACUCUCGUGGUCUGUGUUACUCUACUAACCGAAUGAUGCAGCCUUGUUAUUCUUCUCAUGGCCCGUCUUGCAAAUGGGUGCUAGAGAGUAGAAUGUGAGUUUCUCAUCUCCCCUCUUCCUUUGUUCACUGUAGUUUAAAGAUGGAAGCAGACCCUUCGGCCCAAUAAGUCCGUGCUGACCAUUGAUCACCCGUUCACACUAGUUCUAUGUUAUCCCACUUUCUCAUCCACUCGUUCCAUGUUAGGGACAAUUUACAGAGUGCAAUUAACCUACAAACCUUUGGGAUGUGGGAGGAAACCGGAGCACCCAUAGGAAACGCAUAAGGUCACAGCGAACGUGCAGACUCUGCACAGAGAGCACCUGGGGUCAGGAUCGAACCCUCGCCUCUGGCACUAUGAGGCAGCAGAUGCGCCACUGUGCCUGCCUUUGGGGCAACGUGGACCCACAAGAGCAAGAAAUAUAUUACCAUGAUAGACUGUCGAUAGAGAAGUUGGAAUAACAAGCAAUGGGGAACGCCAGCGGGGAGUUCAUGGGCUAAGCAGCCAUUAAUACGAAUGCUUAUCUCAAUUUUAUAAUUCUUUCCACAUCCCCAUCUGCUCUCCCCAAAUAAUCCCACUCAUCUGCACUUGCCUUCGAUCUACUGGCUUCUCGCCAGCAGCACAGUGACACAGCUAGCAGAGCUGCUUCCUCAUAGCUACAAUGGCCCAGAUUUAUAGAGUCAUGCAGGCCCUUUGGCCCAACUUGGCCACAACGGCCAACAUGUCCCACCUGCCUGCGCUUGGCCCAUAUCCCUCUAAACCUGUCCUAUCCAUGUACCUGUCAAAAUGUGCUAACCUCUGGUGCAGUCUGUGUGGAGUUUGCUUGUUCUUCUGAGUGUGGAUAUCCCCCACAUCCUAAAGAUGGUGGUGAGAAGCCGGUAGAUCAAUUGGCAGGUGAGUGGCCACAUUUGGGAUGAGUUGAUGGGAAUGUGGAGAGAAUUAAAAAUUGAGAUAAGUGUUCGUGCUAAUGGCUGCUUGCUGGUCGACGAGGGCUAAAGGGCCUGUUUCCAUGCCGAAUCCCUUGUGACUCUUGGUCCCUGUGACGUCAUCGGUGGGCCGAGGGUUUGUGGUAUCAAUCCCCCAUUGAUGACGUCACGUGAGGGAGGAGUUCUAUUCAAAAUGUCUGCUUCAUGCAUGUCUCUAACCUGCAGAAUCACAAGUAACGGCAAAAUCUGGCGAAAACAGAAGCAAGUAUCCAGUGGAAGGGCGAACUGAGCCAACGAGCAGAGUGCAAGGAGGAAGUUGCUGUCACCACAGUUGGACUCGGUUGCAGUUUGCAGGGAGCGCUCGGUGCCCGACAAGCUGAACAAUGGUAGACC